UUGAUUUCCUUAGCCAUUGCUUCAUUUUUCCUCAUGGAUGUUCUUCUUCGAAUAUAUGUAGAAGGGGUACGACAUUACUUUUCUGAUAUCCUUAACUCCUUAGAUGCUUUCGUUAUGGGGGUGAUCCUGCUGAUUAAUAUCGUUUAUACUUUUUAUAACUUUCAUGAUCAUAGUGAUAUCCCCAGUAUCUCUGAUGGGAAGAGAGGCCCAGCUAGCAAACUUGGGAAGCAUUUCCACCUGCCGCUUGUCUUUCUGUAUGUUGAAGCUGUUUCAGGCAACAAGAGGCGAUACAACAAGGAUGGAUUUGACCUAGAUCUCACUUAUGUUACUGAACGCAUUAUUGCGAUGUCAUUUCCAUCCUCUGGCAAACAGUCUUUCUAUAGGAAUCCCAUUAAGGAAGUUGUACGAUUCCUGGAUACCAAACAUCUAGACCAUUACAUGAUCUACAAUCUGUGCAGUGAAAGAGGUUAUGACCCUAAGCACUUCCAUAACAGGGUACGCAGGAUCAUGAUUGACGACCACAAUGUGCCUCCUCUCAGUGAGAUGGUGAAGUUCACCCAGGAAGUUACCCAAUGGCUGGCUGAAGAUGAAGACAACGUUGUCGUGAUCCACUGUAAGGGAGGGAAAGGGAGAACUGGAACUAUGGUUUGUGCCUGCCUUAUUGCUUGUGAAAUAUUUACAACCGCAGAGGAAAGCCUUUAUUUUUUUGGAGAACGUCGAACGGAUAAAACCACCAGCUCUAAGUUUCAGGGAGUAGAAACACCUUCCCAGAGUCGAUAUGUGGGCUAUUUUGCCAAAGUGAAACAUGACUACCAUGGGGCUCUUCCUCCGGAAAACAGCCUCUUCAUAAAAAGCAUUGUGAUUCAUGCCAUUCAUGGCUCGGAUGGCAGUGGGAUAUGUGGGGGCGGGGCCCUGCCCCUGUCCCUGACCCCGUUCCUGUCCACAGUUGGCAAGCCCCAGCAAAAGGGCCUUUAUGCCGCCGGGGGAGAGGCUGCAGUGGGCCAGGCCUCUAGCUUUGUCAAGAAGCACGAGGUUGGAUACAGCACCAUCCAUUACCAUCGCUCUUUGAAUGUCAAUGGCAGCUUUGAAAUAGAUCUUAGUGUCAUUUCAAAAGAAGAAGCCCCAAUGUAUCAUGAUGCUGAAGCGGACAGAGUCAUCAUUAAACUAAACUCCUGUCCAAGUCUAAAUGAUGAUGUGAAAAUAAGAUUUCUUUCUUCUUCAGAUCUUCCUAGGUACUACGAUAACUGCCCGUUUUUCUUCUGGUUCCACACACGGUUUAUAGAAAAUCACAGGCUUUAUCUUCCAAGAAAUGAACUGGACAACCUCCAUAAGCGCAAAACGUGGAAAAUUUACCGACCAGAGUUUGCGGUAGAAAUAUUUUUUGGAUGAGAUGUACCCUACAGUUCUAUUGUAGCUGGUACCUCAUUUUUAACUAUAGAUGUCA